AGGUGAACGGGUGUGAUGUGAGCGGCCUGACCCACGUGGAGGCGGUAAGGGUGUUCCAAGAGGCCGAGGAACCCAUCAUGGUGCAAGUGCUCCGUCGCCCACCACACAAUAACAACACCACCACCCACCAGCAGUCCUCCUCGACGCCCUCCACGCCCACACACGCGCCCACCUCUACCACGCCCACACCCGCCACCUCCGCCAGCGACUCCUCCACGCAGCAGGAGGAGGAGGAAGGGAAGCGGGAGAAGGAAAAGGGUGGGAAGGAACAGGAGGAGGAGCGGGCGGGAAGCGGCUCCAGCGUCACCACUGGCACACAGACAGAGAUAUCGCUGAUGGGCGUGGCGAGCGAGUGGGCGGCGGUGGCGGCGACGGAGUGGGUGGGCGGCGUGGGCGGGGGCAGCGACUCUGACUCCCCAGACGGAGACUACAUCUUCCCCGGGGACCUGCCCCAGUCCCUCUCCCAGUUCCUGGAGCAGGAGAUCGACAUCGAGGAGAUUAUCUUGGAGCGGUCGUUGCCAGAGGAGAAGUUGGGCCUGACACUCUACUACAGUAACGCCCCUGCGCCCCCGCCCACACACAUGGCCGACCAAGACGAGGGUGUGGGCGUGGCCGAAGACGAGGGCCUGAGCGGCGACGACUACAAGGGCGUCGUCACCGAAGUCCUAAUAUCCCAGAUCGAGCACGGGACCGUGGCCAGUAAAGAUGGCCGCCUCAGAAUUGGAGACCAGAUUUUGCAAAUCAAUGGUGUAGAGCUCACCACACGGGCACAAACAGAAGAACUCUUCGCUGGGUGUGGAACCAGAGUGAUUCUGCUUGUGUCCAGAACUCAGUACUAUGAUGAGGAUGAUCUAGUCGAGGGGGAGGUGCUUGAGGACGUGGUAGAAGAAGAUGAAGAGGUCGAACUUCUAGAUGCUAACUCAGAGUUCCAUACCAGCAGGUUGUUGUCACCAGCAUUAUCAACAAAGAGCAGCACUAGCUUAGAAAAGAAAGUCCCACUUGAAGAUGUGGGACACGUAAACACAUUGCAGUCGUCCUCAUCAUCAUCAUCAUGUGAGAGGAAGCCAAGCAAAAAAGUAUCGUCAGCAUCAUCCACUUCAUCUCGAGAGUCACAGAUGAGAGGCGACACCAUAGACAGGGAAAUGCUUGCCCUCGAUGAAAAGAUGGCCGACCUUACCCAGGAAUGUGAGCAACUUGAAGCUACUCACAAGUCAACCCAAAGAGAACUCGAGCCUCAGUACAAGGUUUCUCAAGGACAACAGCAGAAAAAAGAUACAAAAAUCAUAUCAAGUAGACCACCGGCAAAAACACCUUUACCAACUGGUUCAGAAUCUGAUCACAUCUACGAGUCAAUUCCUGAUGUGAGUGAAUCAGACGAGCCCAUAUACUGUGUGCCCUAUGAGCCAGGACGAACUCGUCGGCGUCACCAGCAUGCAACACUCAUAUCUCAUACUAAACAACAGGUACACCAAAAACCAAUAAUAAUGCCAUCACAGCAACAACAGCAAAGUAGUGGUCGUGGUACAAGAGGUAGUGGCACUAGCAGUAGCAGUGGGGGAAGUGGACGUGAACGACGUACCGUUGAGAAACAGCAGUCAGUCGAGAGAUGGGUGCGUGAAAACCCUCAUCCACGAUCCCCUACCAACACCAAAUCCUCUACCCCCGUCACUAAUUCAGUAAAGCGAACUGAUGCUCCUCAAGAAGAGCGCGAUUCAUCCUCUGCUUACAAUACUGGUGACUCCACAGGAAGCACACACCGGCCACCCCCAACGCUAGAGUUAAGUUUGGGCCAAGAUCCUUCCCUUAGGCAAUCUACACUCACCUUGUGUCCACCAACACAUGACCAGUCACUACAGGUUAGUCUAGAAUCGGACACAUAUUCAGCUAUCUCUUGUGAUAGCUGCAGACGGUGUAUGCGUCUACCACCUCUUCAUGCCUCUCUACCCCAGAAGACCAGUGGACGAGGCCCUGAAUCAGACCAUGUCAUAAACACAGCCUCCCACCAAGCCCACUCAACCAGUCAAAAGGUGGCACACCCUGAUAGCGAGAGCAACCGUAACUAUGUCACGUUUCUUCCAGCACAAACAAUGUACACCAAUGCUGCAAACCUUCAGCAAACUAUUUGGCUUCAACAGCAGUUGUUCAGACAGGCACUGAACCGGGAGAGCACGGCACCUUCCACACCUACCACCUCGGCUCGAGGUCUGCCUCCCAGAGCACCUCCCCGCACUCCCCAUGAUCAACCAGUCAAGAUGGAGUGGAAAGUCAAAAGGCGACCCGAUGGGACUCGCUACAUCACACAGCGACCUGUUAGAAACAAGAUGUUGAAAGAAAGAGCACUCAAGAUAAACGAGGAGCGAGCAGGUCUAACCACAGAUGAUGAUGCCAUGUCAGAAAUGAAGUUGGGAAGAUACUGGAGUCGAGAAGAGCGUAAACGUCACCUGGAAAAAGAACGAGAGCGACGACGCCGUCAUGAACUCUUUCGGCGACAGCAGCAACAACAACAACCAGGUCACAGUACACCUGAUGAACCCCCUUCAGCCCUGAAAACCUGUACACUUGAAAAUGGAGUCCAUCAGGCACUUUGGCGUGAUCACUCCAUACGAAGGAAGACCUCUUCGACCUUAGAAACCAGUCAUAAGAAAUCUUCUGCAGCUAGGAAGAGAGAUGCAGAGGAUACAGCAUAUGGGGCUCGAACUCCCGUCCUUCCUGUCAAUCCUCCACCAAGUCAACAGAUGAAGGGCCUCCUAUCUGUCACAACUGUCUGAAGCUAGCAAAGACAUCAGAAUAUCUGAGUGUCUUUCAUAAUAUAUUUGCAGUAUUUAACAUUAACUGUAUCCACAAAUCUAUGACACUAUUUUAGGCAAGUGACUUCAGCUGUUGUAUUUUUAUUACCGAUAUUUAAUAUUUAGUUGUUUUAGGCUGUUGCCAGUGUUGUUUCUCUAGUUGUGAGAUAAAUUUGAAAUGUUAAUUAAAAGUGAGGAACAAAAGUUCUUAAUAAACCAGUGCUUAUAUUUUAUAAUGACUGAUAUAAAAAUAGAACAGCUAUUUACAGUUUCUACAUCUUCUGAAGAAGUGGAAUUUCACGUUUUCUAAAUUAACUGCAAAAAUUAUACAGCACAGUACUGUGGCACUUUAAAAUCACGACCAGAAUCAUGGGAGGUCCGACUCAUGUUUCAAAGAAAAUAAGGUGAUAUGACUGUAUCCAUCUGCCUUUGAAAUACAUCAUCUUAGAAACAUUAGAGAACAUCUAAGAUUACUAAUAUUUUAUAUCAUAAAAAUGAUGUUUUCAUACUCUUAAAUUCAAGUGAUUUUAUUUUAGUGGAGCCCCCCAAAAAUAUUAGUGCUUUAUACAGACGUGUUUGGCAAAUGAUGCUCAAUGGACAAGUGAUGCUAAACUUAUCCACGAUGUGACAUGGACUAUGGAAGCCGAUUGCUUCUUAUGCUCUGGUAUUACCGUCAUACUGGAUUCACAGUUCUUGUAAAUAACAAUGAAGACUGCUCAUUGAACUCGUCCAUUUAUUUUAUACUUAUUGUGGAUGUUCCAUAUAUAUAAAUACAAUAUAUAUAUAUAUAUAUAUAUAUAUAUAUAUAUAUAUAUAUAUAUAUAUAUAUAUAUAUAUAUAUAUAUAUAUAUAUAUAUAUAUUCAGUAUAUAAAUAGGUGCAAUUGGAAAAAUGGUAUCUUUGUGAGCUUGAUCAUACGUCACGACCCAGAUUAAGUCAAAAAACACCGCUUGUGCUUGUGAUCCAGCCCAUUAAGAAUUCAUUGACCAUAACUGACUCCAGCAUUAUACCUUGGCUUUUGUGAUGAUUAGUCAACUCCCAGCAAAACCCAAUUGUAUAAAUGGUGACACAAGUCUAGAGAUACACCUAGCUGCUUGUAAUCUACAAGAGUCAAGUUCACAAGUACAGCAGUACACAUCCCAAAUAAAAUCCCUAGUCUCCUUCGCUCUUCUUUCCCUUAAUAGUUUCGACGUUUGUCUGUAUACUCUGUAUUGAUGUAAAUUUGUGUAUAGUAAAAAAAAGCUUUAUAUUGCCUAUGGCCAUUCAAGAAUAUGUUAUGCUUUAAAAUAAAAUUAUUGAUAUUAAA